AAGCCAUAUCAUUGCUCUGAGUGUGCGGAGAACUUCAGUUGUUCUUCCUCCUUGGCCAGGCACCACCGCAUUCACACAGGAGAGAAGCCAUAUCAGUGCUCCAAGUGUGGGAAGAGCUUCACUCGCUCAUUCGGCCUGGCGCUGCACCAGCGCAUCCACACAGGGGAGAAGCCACAUCAGUGCUCUGAGUGCGGGAAGCGCUUCAGUUAUUCCUCCAACCUGGCCCAGCACCAGCGCAUUCACACAGGGGAGAAGCCACAUUCAUGCUCUGAGUGUGGGAAGAGCUUCAGUUAUUCCUGCAACCUGGCCCAGCACCAGCGCAUUCACACAGGGGAGAAGCCACAUUCAUGCUCUGAGUGUGGGAAGAGCUUCAGUUAUUCCUGCAACCUGGCCCAGCACCAGCGCAUUCACACAGGGGAGAAGCCACAUUCAUGCUCUGAGUGUGGGAAGAGCUUCAGUUAUUCCUGCAACCUGGCCCAGCACCAGCGCAUUCACACAGGGGAGAAGCCACAUUCAUGCUCUGAGUGUGGGAAGAGCUUCAGUUAUUCCUGCAACCUGGCCCAGCACCAGCGCAUUCACACAGGGGAGAAGCCACAUUCAUGCUCUGAGUGUGGGAAGAGCUUCAGUUAUUCCUGCAACCUGGCCCAGCACCAGCGCAUUCACACAGGGGAGAAGCCACAUUCAUGCUCUGAGUGUGGGAAGAGCUUCAGUUAUUCCUGCAACCUGGCCCAGCACCAGCGCAUUCACACAGGGGAGAAGCCACAUUCAUGCUCUGAGUGUGGGAAGAGCUUCAGUUAUUUCUCCGUGUUGGCCAAGCACCAGCGCACCCACACAUGGGAGAAGCCAUAUCACUGCUCUGAGUGUGGCAAGAGCUGCACCCAAUCCUCCCACCUGGCCAAACACCAGCAUGUCCACACC